AUGGUUAGAAGCAGAUACAAGAAUGGGAUUAAUCAUGGGAAGCAUUCUCUUAAUCCAGAUAGAGAGAAACAGCCUAAAGGGAGUACAAUGCGUACAAAAGCUACCAUCAAGCGUCUCAACAUGUAUCGUAAUUUCAAGGCCAAAAGAGACAAAAAUGGGAAAAUAAUAAGACCAGCUCCGUUCCAGUCAACGUUACCGUCUGGCACAGUGGCUCGAGUGGAGCCUAACAGACGAUGGUUUGGUAAUACUCGUGUUAUAAGUCAAGAUACGUUGCAAAGUUUCAAGGAGGCUAUGAAGAUUAGGAACCCUUAUGAGGUUAUUUUACGUCAAACUCGUUUGCCUAUAUCUCUUCUAGAUGAGAAAAAGACGAAAUCCAAAAGUGCUCUUUUAGCAUCAGAAAGUUACUCCUAUGUGUUUGGCAGUAAAGCUCAACGUAAAAGACCCUCAUUGAAAUGCGAUGACCUCACGGCCCUUGUGCAACAAGCGGAAUCUAGCCAACAUACAUAUGAAAAGGUGGAAGACAAACAUAUGGUUCGCCCUGAUGAUGGUGUUCGAGAGUUAACACAAGACCCACAUUUCAAAGCAGGCAGAUCUAAAAGACUGUGGAAUGAAUUGUUUAAAGUUUUAGACUCUUCAGAUGUAGUAUUGUAUGUUUUGGACGCACGUGAUCCAAUGGGGACGCGAUCAUCUUAUAUAGAGAAAUAUUUAAAGACUGAAAAACCUCAUAAACACUUUAUUUUUAUUAUCAAUAAGGUGGAUUUAGUUCCUGUGUGGAUAACAAAACGAUGGAAGGCUAUUUUAUCAGAAGAAUAUCCAACUUUAAUAUUUCAUGCUCAUAUGACAAAGCCGUUGGGUAAAAUCGCUCUCAUGGGUCUUUUACGGCAACUGGCCUCUCUUCACAGUAAAGAACGACCACAAAUAUCAGUCGGUAUUAUUGGUUAUCCAAAUGUUGGAAAGAGUAGUAUUAUUAAUGCUCUUAGGAAUAAAAAGGUUUGCAAUGUUGCUCCACUAGCCGGGGAAACAAAAGUAUGGCAGUAUGUUACUUUAAUGAAGUCAAUAUUUUUAAUCGAUUGUCCUGGAGUUGUACAUCCUGAUGGGAAUACUGAAGCAGAAUUAGUUAUGAAAGGAGUAGUAAGGGUGGAAUACUUACAACAGCCUGAUCUGUAUAUUCGUGAUGUGUUGCAACGUGUAAAACCAGAAUUUUUACAAGCGAAAUACAAUCUCCCGCCGUUAUUACCUAGUGAUGUUGAAAAGUAUCUGCAGAAAAAGAAAUCAGAUGAAGCAAAAGAUACUUUUGACGACAACAAGAAUAAAGAUGAUGCUUCAUCCUUACCGCCAGUUGUAUCAUGGUCUGAUUAUCCUGAAUUAUUUUUAGAGACUUUAGCCCGACAAAGUGGUAAAUUAUUAAAGGCUGGUGAACCGGAUUUGACAACUACAGCCAAACGAGUAUUGAAUGAUUUUCAACGUGGUAAACUGCCUUACUUUGUUAAGCCACCGAUGGAGCGUGAAGAGCCUGAAGAAAUCAGUCCUAUAGAAGAAUAUUCGGAAGAAAUUGUUAAGGAUUUGGCAGUUGAUUUAUUCGAUGAUGAGAAAGAUAACGAAAUGAAUCAAUCCACUAGUGAUAUGGCCUCUUCAGCUGAUACUGGUUUUGUAGAAGAAAAUGUAUCUGAAUCAGAUGACAAUAGUGAUACAGAGUUAGACUCAAGCAGAGUACCUGAUUUUGAUCUGAACGCUAACGCUGAUCCUAUUGACAAUGGAGAUACAGUCAAAGAAACUACUCCAGUAAAGGCCCCUCACGUUUUGACAUCAAGACAGAGAAGAGCUAUGGAUAGAGCAAUGCGACGUCAAAAAAAUCGGGCAGGACGACAGUUCUACAAAGAGAUUCGUGAACUGCGCCCAGAUCUAAAGGAAAUAAUAAGAAACAUAAAUGAAUUGAGUAUUGAUCAUAACUACUUUAUGAAUAAUAAUAAUAAUAUUGGCUGUAAAUACUCUGUAUAA